GCACAUGUCCGAUCAAAUCAUAUUCUGGCCUUUCCUCGGCUGUUCGAAGGCACAAGUAUUCUUAGCAGGCGCGAUAUGCUGAGUUCAUCACGUGCAGACACGACACCAACUGAGCAAUGAGUACCAUGGUCAGUCAGUGUGAAAAGAUCUGAGUGAGUCUAGUUCAAGUACCUAGGUAUGCAGACUUUUCGCGGAUCUCACAGAAAUCCUCGUUAUCUUCAUCUGUCGAGCUGGAUCGGAGCAAGCGGUCGAUCAAGCACCCACUUCAACCUUCAGCAUGGCAACGGACUAUGUGGUAAUCAACAAGGCAAAUUGGGACGAGCGGGCCCCAGAACACGCUCGAUCCCCUGCAUAUGCCUGUCAGACAUUGAUCAAUAAUCCUGAAGCGCUGUCCGAUGUAGUUCGCUUCGAUAUGCCCCGGCUCGGAGACAUCUCGAAUCUGGACGUCGUCCACCUUCAGUGCCACAUCGGUACAGACACACUCUCUUUGGCAAGGCUUGGAGCACGUAGUGUCGUCGGUCUCGAUUUCUCCUCUGCAUCACUGCAUGAAGCACGACAAUUGGUUGCGGACGCUGAUUGUGGGGAGAGGGUACGAUUUGUGGAGGCAGAAGUUGAGAAAGCAGUGCAGGCGCUCGGCAGGCAUUGCUUCGAUGUGGUAUACACAGGGAUUGGGGCGUUGUACUGGCUGCCUGAUAUCAAGGCAUGGGCGAAGACAGUGUCGGAAUUGCUACGGCCUGGCGGAAUGCUGUUCAUCCGUGAAGCACAUCCUAUCUGGAGGACACUGGACGAGACAACCGAGGACGGGCUGAAGUUCAAGUAUCCGUAUUUUGAACAGGAAGAACCGAUGCUGUUCGAGUUCCCGGGGACAUAUGUGCCCUUGGGGAGCGGCAAGGCUGAGUUCGAAGCCCAGAAAGCCGUGCAGUGGAAUCGAGGCUUGGCCGAGAUCGUGCAAGCGGUUAUUGAAUCCGGUUUGCAGAUUGUAGGUCUGCAUGAGCAUCAGUCUUUGCCAUGGGACGCGCUACCCGGGCGAAUGCUCCGUGGAGCUGAUGGUGAAUACGAGCUCAGAGAGGGCAAAGAACGGCUACCGCUCAGCUAUACACUACAAGCGAUCAAGUUGUCUCGAAGAUGAAUUGUUCGUAGAAUUCAGGGUAGUUCGGUCGAAGAGCUGGCGGCCGCCCGUGAGCUGCAGAGUGUUAUAUUCCUAAAAGAAGCCAUCACGAAAUGGGUACCUUGGAGGCUACGAUAGAGGUGAUCUAUCCAGCAGAUGUGAACUGCGCGUUUUGUGAAAUCUCAGGUGUCGGAAGUUGUUGGAUCAUCGCCAAAGUCACCUCCAUCGAAUGUGCCUACCAAGCGACAUCAGCAUGGCACCCAAUGUCAUCA